GCGGCGCUCCGUCGUGCGUGCUUUCACCAGCGGCUGAGCUUCGUGCGUGCUUUGCAUUAGGGGCGAGCGAUUUGUCUCCGAAUACCAACUUAAGCCAUGUGUCUACACAGCAAGAUAUCUCUAAUGAAGAUGGCAGCAGCAGCAGUCCAGUUUUUGAUACUGAUUUACCUAUGGUCCAUGAAAACAGGAAGGAAACUUUGGCCAGUGUGCCAGUCAAGAAAGCAAAAACAUUAGGCUACAAUUUAAAAGAAAAAAGCAAUGUCAGAAGAGGGCUGUUAAAGUCAUUCAACAACUGCUCUUCUGAAAAUGACCAAGUAAAGAGUUCCCGCCCGAAAAGAAAAGCCGCCCAAAGUCUGAGAUAUGACACUGCAGACAAUGAAUCUGAACUAUCAGAAUCUCGAUGGGACUUUAGUGGGUCAGAUUUUGGUGAUCCGACAUGGGGAAGUGGUUCCAAAAAAUCAAGUGAAUCAGAUGAAGAAACUGGAUCUGAUUCUUCUACUUAGUCUCCUGUGGCCUCAGUCAGCAUCUCACCCACCCGCUCAGAAGAUUGCAACUCUCCCAUUCGCUCGGUUAACUCUCAAGCUGUUUUUAACAACUCACCAGCGCUCUCUGAAGUUAAUGAUUCACCACCUCAACCAGCUCGUAGGAAUUGGCCUACCCAGUCAGCAAUGGUGAAAGAAAGACAGCUUAAGAUGAACAGUGGUGCUGCAUAUACUACAUCAAAAAAUAAAGAAAUUAAAGCAAGAUCAAUGAAAGCACUUAAAGAAAAAUGUCGUUUGAAUUGCAAAGAAAGACUUAGUGAAGAUGACCGAAAGGAUGUGUUUACAGAAUAUUGGGGUCAAAGAGAUUUCGACCGAAGAGUGUCAUACAUUGUUGGUCAUGUAUUUGAGAAGCCAACUAAAUUUCAUAGACAAAAGGUGGAUGGUAGUAAAAAAAACAGAACUUGCACUCUAAAAUAUGAACUUGACAUUCAUAAUUCUAGAAGAGAGGUUUGUAAGCCGUGCUUCCUUGCUACUUUGGGAGAAAAUGAUGGAUUUGUCUUGAAAAUAAGAAGAAAUCAGUGUCAGGGGUGACGAGGCCAGACGCAAGAGGAAGGAAGCCCUCAGUGCGGAAAACUCCUUAGCAAACAACUGAAGCUAUAAUCAAGCACAUUAAUGAGUAUCCAAGGUACAGUAGCCAUUACGGCAGGAGUCAUUCAUCAAGAAUGUACCUUGGUGCUGGCGUGACCAUUCGAGGAAUGUUUAAUGAUUAUUCUUCCAAAGAUAAUCCAAAGACUUCUCUAAGUUGUUACUCCAGAGAAUUCCGGAAGACAGGAUUGAAGUUCAAGCCCCCUAAAGUAGAUACCUGCAAUAAAUGUGAUGCCUUUGAAAUGUCACUGAAGGGUUUACCAAUAACAGAGCAAGCAGAAAUAAAAGCUGAACGUGACGCUCAUCAUGAGAAAGCUCGGCUGGCAUAUACUUGCAAAAAGCAAGAUAAAGCUGACCAAACUUCUGAAAGCUGGGUUGCAUCUUUUGACCUUCAGCAGGUAUUGUACUGCCCACAUUAAACUUGUGGAGCAGUCUUCUACAAAAGGCAACUGAGUGUUUUCAAUCUUACUGUAUUUGAUUGCUUUCACAAGAAAGGCAUCAAUCACAUGUGGACCGAAAUUGAAGCAGGUCGUGGGGCUAAUGAAAUUUCUUCUUGUAUUACUCAUUUAAUUGCCUUUGAUGUUCCACCUGGAGUGAAGAAAUUAACAUUGAGGUCUGAUACAUGCUCUGGACAAAACAAAAACAGUAUUGUAUGUGCUGCCUUAAUCUCAGCUGUAGCUGAACACCCAUCAUUAGAGGUAAUCGAUCACAAAUUUCUUGUCGCUGGGCAUACCCACAUGGAAUGUGACCAGGUGCAUGCUGAAAUUGAAAAGAAAAAGAAGCAUACAACAGUUGAACUUCAUCACCCAGCCAACUUCUACAAUUUUGUUAAAACUGUUGAAUACAGAAAGGAAACCUUGGAUGUCGUGCUUAUGAAAGAUCAUUUUCUGAAUGUUUCUGCACUUUUAGAUCUCAAGUGCAAAGGGCCACUAGUUCUCAGCGGUAAAAACCAGGCUGGUGAACCCUUUGCCUUUUCUCCCGUACAGUGGUUUCGUUACCAGAAAAAAAAAUCCCACAGUUGUCUUGUACAAAGAAUGCCACAAUGUUGAUGAGCCAUUCAAAGAAAUAAGUUUUCGAAGAAGGGGGAAACUUGGCAAUAGUGCAUUGAAGCCAUCUAAGUGCAGCUCUAGACCAAGACCAAUAAGUGUAGAAAAGAAGAAAGACCUCAUUGAACUUCUCCCUCAAGUGAACCCACUGUACCAUGACUUCUUCAAAAACAUUUUGUCAUCUGCAGAUGCCAUUGACGUUAAUCCUGACUGCUUGACACCGGAAGAUGUUGCCCUAGAAAUUGAUAGAUGUAUUGAUGAAUCUUAAAUGUUUAUUAUGUUUUUAAUAUCUUCAUUAUCUGUAAUAUAAUUGCAGAAUUUGUUUUGUUUUCUUGUUAAAAGUUUUUGAAAAGUAGAUGCACUUUAUUCUAUCUUUGUAAUACAUAGUUUUGUACUGCUAACUAUUUAUGAAUACAUAAUGACUAUAUAUGAAUUUUUUAAGAUUUCGUUCAUUGUGAUAGUCCCAACGAAUGUUCUAUCUGAAGUGCUGUUAGUCUUUUUCAAACUCAUGGCAGUGUUAAUUUCAGUUUAAAAUAAACUAUAUCUCAGAGUUGUUAAGAAGUUAUGAUUUUAGUAGAUGCACUUUAUUCUAGCUUUGUAAUACAGUUUUAUACUGCUAACUAUUUAGGAAAUGUUUUUUCUAGUAUAUGAAUUUUUAAGAUUUCAUUCAUUGCAUUAGUCCCAACGAAUGUUUUAUCUUAAAUGCUGUUAGUCUUGUUCAAACUCAUGGCAGUGUUAAUUUCACUGUAAAAUGAACUAUAUCCAAGAGUUGUUAAGAAGUUCUGAUUUUAACAGCAGUUUUGUAGUACAAAUUGUGUACAAUUAAUUUAUUCACUUCUCUCUGAAUAUUUAUUUAUUUAUUUUUGUGUGAAUGUUGUCUGUUUCUGAUUUAAGUUGUUUAAAUUUUUGAUUUAUUCAUAUGCAAUACUUCUAAGGCAUCUCAUUUAAAUUAGACAAUAACUAAGAUUUCUGAUUUAUGUGUUUGUUUCAAGAAAUGAAACUUGAAAAUUUAUCUGUCAAUUGAAUUUAGGACUGAAGUACCUAUUUAGAUUUUAAUAUGUUUUGUCUACAUUGCAUUAAAAACACAUUUUAUCUGCCUGAACUAA